CGGUGUCAAGUCGGUUUAUAUAGAUAGUUAACGUGGGACUGUUUGGUGGUGUUUUCUGAUGUCGUGCUUCGGGAAAAGAGAGACUGAAUUUUUAAAAAAAGUUGUUCUCUUGGACGAAAGCGAGUUUCCUGUCACAAUUCAAAAGUCAACAAGAGGACAGGAAGUCUUGGAGAAAGUGUUUGGACAUAUCAAAAAAAUAGAGAAGGACUACUUUGGUCUUCGGUACAUCGAUAAAUCAAAAAAUCAGCGAUGGUUGGAUCCUAUGAAACUCGUCAUGAAUCAACUAAAAUCUGGACCUCCUUAUCUUCUUUACUUCUGUGUCAAGUUUUACGCGUCUGAUCCUUGUUGUCUUUCUGAAGAAAUAACGAGGUAUCUUUUCUUUCAGCAAUUGAAGAGGGAUAUAUUUCAAGGAAGAAAAAAAUGCUCUCAAAACAUCCUGGCAGAGAUUUCCGCCUACGCUUUACAAUCUGAGCUGGGUAAAAAAAGUAGCAGACAACACACRCCUGGUUACGUUUCCGAGUUUCGUUUUAUAAAAAAACAAAAAGAAGACCUUGAGGCAAAAAUUAGCGAAUCACAUAAAAAGCUUAAUGGCAUUGUUCCAUCUGUGGCUGAGUACAUGUACCUAGACAGAGUCAAGUGGAUGGAAAUGUAUGGCGUCGACUUGCACUUAGUCAAGGGCGAAGAAAAAAAAGAAUAUUUUGUUGCUUUAAAGCCUUCUGGUGUUGUUGUAUAUAAUAAAAAAACACCUGUGGGAACCUACUUAUGGCCCAAGAUUACAAAAAUAGAUUUUAAAGGAAAAAAGUUUUAUCUCAACGUAAAAGGAAAAGAGAGCAGAGAAUAUAUUUACGUAUUCUACUUAGCUCGUAAAUCUGCUUGUAAGCAUCUGUGGAAAUGUUGCGUUGAGCAUCACGCGUUUUUUAGGCUUGACAAAGUAAAGCCACCUCCACAGUCAAACCUUUCUGGCUUUUUACGCACUGGCUCUGGAUUCAGAUACAGCGGCCGAACCCAGAAAGAAGCUAUGGAACAAGGAAAUAAAAUAAAAAAAAAAAGUCCUUGGGUACAAAGAAAACCAAGUAAAAGAUACGAGAGAAGAGACAGUCAGGCCAGUGAAAGAGGCAACAAAUCGAGUCAAAAAAAUAUCCAAGUAAAGAAUGGUGUAAUACCAAACUGGCCUGUUAGUACCCCUGACGGGAAUAGUUACGUGACAUCACCAGGGUAUAGUAUGAAUGACUCUAGAAAAAAAGCGAUGCCUUGGGAAGAACUCGCUCAGACCCAAGCAGGUCUGUACACGCCCGCUCCAGGGUCUCCCCGCUCUACACGAAGCGAAAAAAAUACGGGAAAAUCAAGGAAACGGUCUCGUUCUCCCAAGUUUCCAAAACCUCACCGGCGUUCUGGUCAAAGCAGCGGCAGUGAAACAGACAAAAAAAGAAGACGGUCCAGAUCAAAGUUAGCGUAUUAUUCAGACGAUGAUGUGGGAAGACGACGGAGACAUCACAAAAGAUUGUUGUUUAGGCAUCACCGUGGUGAUGGUCAGCAGUCCUACGACGGUAGGUCAGAUGGAAGUUCUCGACCGAGGCAGAGCCGAGGUUUCAGCGAUUACGAUCAACAUGACUCCAACUCUGAAAAAAAAAACCCAGCUCUCGAUAUUAUCCAACCUCGGGUUGCUAUGACACGAGAAGCCAAAGAAUUACGUCAUAGACACCAUCGUCACCAUAGACACAGUCACCAUGGCAACCCUCCUAGUGAGUCGGGUCAUUCAGCGUUCUCAGCACCUAUACCCACCAAGGUCCUUCAUAGCAUGGCACCUGAGUAUGGGUUAUAUGGCCAGCAGAGGCAACAGAUAUCUACUGGUUCCAUCAAACAUCACAGCACGUAUGAUAACAAUGCAAAAAAAAAACUUUACGGAUCACCACAACGAUACAAUACGUCUAGUGUAGAAGCUAAAAAAAAACCAAACGAUUGGUGUGUACUUUACUAUACUGGCACUUUCUCUCUCAAAAAAAUUCUCUACAGUAAAUGA